AAGAGACAUGGGCCAUUAGCACAAGCAAAACAUUUUCACUUGAUAAGUCAAUCUGGGCUGGUUUUUUCUGUCACGUCAGCAGUGUCUGAAAACAAAGGAGACACAGAAGCCCCAGGAGACGGCAUGUCUGCCCAACCCUGUUUCUGGGGGAUCUCUUAAUUUGUUUUUGAAAGCACGGUGAACCUUCCAGGUGUCAAAGUUUAAUAUGCUACAUAGCAUACUGCAGCCACUGACACCGUGGGACCCAAAUCAGUGUCCUUGGGGAACAUACAGCUAUACUUUUUCUCCACCUCCCUGGCUGUCACAACAAUCCAUUCAUUAGGCAAUAAGACCUGGUCUUGUCUCAGUGAUUUGAUAAGCAGUUGAUAACCAACAGUUCAUUAAGCUCUUGGGAUAUAUAAGCCACAAGGUUUUCAGCAUGCCUCUGCACUUGAGCGGUUUGACAGCUCCCUGUUCAACAGCCCAGAAGUCACUGGAAGAUGUUAUUGACUGCAAAAAUACUUCUUUUUGCCGUGAAUUUUUUCCAAAGAUUGGCAACAGCUUUGGACAUUGGAUUAUCCACGAAAUGUGUAGUGAUACCCAAGGAGAUGGGCAUGUGCCACAAUAUUGGAUACUCUGAAAUGAGACUUCCCAACCUGAUGGGACACACAAGCAUGGCAGAGGUUAUCCUAAAAUCCACCACCUGGCAGCACCUUGUACACACAGACUGUCACCCUCACCUGAGGACGUUCCUGUGCUCCCUGUUUGCACCCAUCUGCUUAGAUACGUUCAUCCAUCCCUGCAGGAGUAUGUGUGCCGCUGUCCGUGACAGCUGCGCCCCCGCGCUCCUGUGCCGCGGACACCGCUGGCCGGCCAGCCUGGCCUGCGACCGAUUCCCUGCAGACGAGGACAUGUGCCUGGCGCCUCUCACCAGGGACUACAAACACUUGCACAAAGUCCUACCAAAGCCUACCUGCCAGACUUGUCCAGCAGUGGAAGAAUUCUUUACACACAAAAGAGUUCUUGAAGUUUUCUGUGACAGUAACUUUGCAGUGAAAGUAAAGCUGUCCAAGAAGAAAACAGCACUUGAGGACCAAGAGUAUAACAUUGAAUGCCAGGUGGAAUUCAUAACCCAGGGCUCACUCUUGCCCUAUGAAACUCAGAGCAUGAUACAACAGUGGCUGCUAAUUAAUGAAAAAUGCAUAGAGAGGAUGAAUCCAACCCACCGUCCCAUGGUGUAUCUCCUUGUGGGGAAUAUUGAAGAGGGCAUCAUUUUAGUAAAACAGAUUUAUCGCUGGCAGAGGAAGGACUCCCAGCUGACUUUGGCCACUCAGAAGUGGAGAUACCAUAAAUGCUUGUAAAUAUUUAUCAUAUUAUUUGUAAAAAGAUUAUUAUAUUUCUCAUGCCAAACCUAUCUUGUAAAUAGGAAUGUAUUAUAAGUUGACUAUAAAGCUUUCAUUUCCUUUUAAAUUGUAUUGUAAGUUGAACUCAAACCACAUUAUUAUCAAGCUUCCUUUUGGUAGUGUUACAGCUCAUCCUGUUUGAACUUGGACAGCUAGGGAUAAAUGCUUCUUUGAGUUAUGAUUUUUAAAAAUGUAAUAUGUGCAAAAAACAGCAUAAACCAGUUUCAAAUCCA